CGAGAACUUCUCCAUGAAAGACAUAGGGGAUGCUAGUUAUGUCCUUGGCAUAAGAAUCUACCGAGAUAGAUCAAGAAAGUUAAUAGGUCUAAAUCAAAGUACAUAUAUAGAUAAAAUCCUUGAUCGAUUUAGCAUGUCUAACUCAAAGAAAGGAUCUUUACCUAUGACACCUGGCACGGUUCUUUCCAAGAGCCAGAGUCCUUCUACUCCCGAGCAGAAGGAACUCAUGAUGAAGCAUAAAGAUUGUGGUAGACUCCGGCGUUGUUCGUGUGUCAAAGUUGGAGACCGGACGCUUGAACGGUUACGUUUGCACUUUCAACGCUCUUCCUACGACUUCUUCGUUUUUACCGCUUCUGGAGAAAGGUAUGCUCUACAAGUUCGUGGUUUAAUUUGUAAAGUUGGGAUCUCAAUCACUGAUUUUCUUAUUGCAUCGCAUCUCAUCUUCCCCGACACCUCCUCCAUGGCUUUUUUUCACAUCUUCAAGGCCUAUUUUCAGGGCGUUACACUAAGAGACCCUGCCAACCCGAUGGUCCUAAUCAAGCUUAUUGGGUCCCAAACCAUUCCCUUAGGUUCAGGCUCAGGUGACAAAAGCUAUGCAGACACCCUCGGAUCCUCUUCACAUGGACAUGGAGGCUCGCAUCGCCAAUGCCCGGCUAUCAAAAAGACCUUCAUAGACAUCCUAGGAUCUCAACCAAGCGAAGCCCAGAAUAGAAUCGGAAGAUACAGAGGAUUCCCUGCUGUCUCCGUCACCCCAGGUGAGGUAAUUUCCCUUUCAAUCCCAUACCAGUUCGCACUUGUGGGUCGGUUCUUGAAAUCAAGACCUCCUCUGGAGGUUAUCCGUAAAAGCUUUGAGCAGAUAGGGUUCAAACCAGGUUUCACCGUUGGAUUACUAUCUUCGUCCCUGAUUCUUAUAAAUUUUGAAUGCACAAUUGAUUAUCAACGUUGCUUCUCAAGAAGGCUGUGGAAUAUAAAUGGAAGCCAGAUGGUGGUGACCAAAUGGACCCCUUCUUUCCAUGCUGACUCUGAGAGCCCUGUUUUUCUGGUUUGGGUGUCUCUAACCCAUCUCCCCAUCCAUCUUCAAGAAGCUAAGGCCUUGCACUCCAUUGCGAGCUCCAUCCGUCACCCAUUGAUGAUGGAUGCAUCUACAGCAGCAAAAACUAGACCAUCAAUGGCCAGAUUCUGCGUCGAGAUUGAUAUUUCUAAAGACCUCCUAAAGAAAAUAUGGAUUGAUAAUGGUGGGUUGGGAUUCUUCCAACCGGUAACCUAUGAAAACCUACCAGAAUUCGGCAUUCAGUGUAAAAAGUCCGGCCAUUUAGAUGGAAAAUGCUCAACUAUGGACAACCUUAUUUCCAAGAAUGAAUUGUCCAAGAACAACCUGUCAAAAACCUGGUGCCCCAUUUCCAAGCAUGAAGUGUCCAAUGAAAAUUUGCCAAAAUCAGCUGCUGUGAUGAUAGAGCCCAUUCUCAAUAUCCCAUGUGAGUUGGGUCACAAACUUGACAGCAAAACUUCAUGUGAUACGAACCUGAAUGACCCAAGCACUGCAGGACAUAAGAAGUCAAAGGUAGACCAUCAUGUCUCGGAUUUAUCCCCAGAGCAUAAGGGAGAUGAACUCACACCUCAAGAAGCUAUGGAGAUUAACCUCACUGCCUUUUGUAAAGAGGACAAUCCCAAUACUCAAGCUCUAAAUGUUCAAAGUGAUUUUCCAACUGAUAGCCACAAUGACGUGCAAAAUUCUGGUGCUGAAUUUGGAAAAGAACUGUUAACUACCAAUACUGCAGCUGUUGUUAAUCAGGAUGGAGUGUGUGAUCCCACUGAUGCUACUGUUUCUGAUGAAGUAGAUGAGCAAUCAGAAGCUGAGGCCGAAUAUGAUAUGGAAAAGCUAACUAAGGAAGCAGAUCUGGAACAUACACAAGAACAAAUAAUUGAGGAAAGCAUGGAUGGUAUGACUGCACAAAAUGCUUACUGUGUAGGAAAUACAAUCAACUUGGAUGAAUUUCCAGUACUCACAAGACAGAAUAUUGAGGAGGAUGUACACACUCCAACUGAGAAUGUGGAGACGGUUGUACACACUCCAACCGAGAUAGAGAAGGAUGAGACAACAGGGACUAUAACGCUGAUGGCUGAAGAUACAACAAAGGAAACCACAUCACCAAACAUUCCAGAUACCAACAUAGGUCCGAUCCUCCACUCUUUUGAGCUUGAAGACUCUGGAUCGCGACCCAUUUAAAAAUAUUUUCGGAGUAACGCAGAAGUACAAUAAUAAUCAAAUCAUGACACAUUUAAAAUCUUGAUGAUCAAACAUUUGCCUGCAAUCCCUGCAUCUCCUCCGACUCAUUGCCCUCCGGGAGUGGUUCCGUCAUUAUCUUCUUGUUACCUACGUGUAGUCAACGAAAAAUACAAACUACACGCUCAGCGAAACCGCUGAGUGGUACCACG